AUGCACCUCAUGGUGAGGCGAGGGCUUUCUCGCCUUUUCCCCCUUGCAUGUAGACGCCCCGCUUCGUGGCCAUCCACGUCAUGGACGCGUCCGACCCGACAUGCCUCAACACUCUCUCCGCCAAGUAUAGCUUCCCUGUUGAGGCAAACUUCGCCCCCAUUGUCUUCACAGCAACCACCUUCUUCCGGUGAGACGUUGACGAUCAAUGGCUUUGUGCGCAGCGUGCGGAAACAGAAACGUGUCGCAUUUGCUGCCAUUGGUGACGGCUCUUCGUUGCAGACGGUACAGACUGUCUUGACACCUGAGCAAGCUGACGGUCUAUCUACCGGUGUGGCCGUGACUGUCACGGGCCGUUGGUCGCCUUCUCCCGGCAGCGGGCAAUCUCAUGAGCUACAAGCCGAGACUCUCCGUAUUCAAGGAGAGAAUGAUGCCACGACAUCACCUUUGCAGAAAAAGUAUCAGACGCCAGAGUUCCUUCGCACAUUGCCACAUUUGAGAGCAAGGCUGCCGUUCAAUUCACUGCUUUUAAGAUUGAGAUCUCAAGUCACUGCCAAUAUCACCAACUACUUUGCGAAUCAUGGCUUUGUUCAGACACAUCCUCCCAUCAUCACAUCGUCCGAUUGUGAAGGAGCUGGCGAAGUCUUCACUGUAGCACCGGAACCACCGUCCAAACCAACUGAACAAGUCACUUCCAACACCCCGCAAAAGCAACAACAGGAGUCUUUUUUCGGAUCUACAAAGUAUCUUACUGUCUCCAGCCAGCUCCACUUGGAAGCAUUAGCUCAAUCUGUCGGCAAUGUAUGGACUUUGUCACCGACCUUCCGUGCGGAGAAAAGCGAUACAGCUCGCCACCUAAGUGAGUUCUACAUGCUGGAGGCAGAGCUCACAUUCGUAGACGAUGUCUCCAAGGUCAUGGAUGUUGUCGAAGGCAUGUUGCGUACCGUUGCUACUGAACUUAAAUCUUCCCAUGUUGGUAACGAGUUACUUGAGGGACGCAAACAGGAUCAUGCUGGUGAUCCACAGCAGGACAGCACGUCAGUGUCUCCCACAGUGCUCGCUCAGAGAUGGCAAGGCAUGAUCGAUGGACCGUGGCCACGCAUCACCUACAGGGAGGCCACGGAACACCUCACGGAAGCUGUGGCGAGCGGCAAAGUUGAAUUCACGUAUCAACCCGGGGGAGAGGAAGGUCUUCAGACCGAACAUGAGCGCUAUCUAGCUGAAACUAUUGGAGACGGCGGCCCACUCUUCGUAACGGAUUACCCACGCAAAGUCAAACCAUUCUACAUGGCGCCCUCGAGUGGGGUUGCAGAUGAUAUACAGAAGGUUGAGACGGUUGCAUGCUUCGAUCUUCUCGUACCAGAGAUCUGCGAGUUGGUAGGAGGAUCCAUGCGUGAGCACCGCUUGCCACAGCUGUUGGCGUCGAUGGAGGAACAUGGCCUUGCACCGGAUGGCUCGUUGCAGUGGUACUCGGACUUGCGGCGGUACGGCAGUGUCCCCCAUGGCGGGUUUGGACUCGGAUUCGACCGUCUUCUUUGCUAUUUGUCUGGAGUCUCCAACAUUCGGGACGUGGUUAGCUUCCCUCGUUGGCACAAACGGUGCGACUGUUGA